CGAAAAAUCGCUCAGUGUUCACCGAACGACUGCGAGACGCACAUCCUUUUCACGAGAAUCGGCAGAUUUCUAUGGCAGUUAUGCGUCGGCCGCGAUCGAAGAUGCCACGUCAAUUGGCAUACGUUCGUUAACCGAAAUAAUUGUUGCGUUCGAUUCUGAGACGUGUAAUCGGUGUAAUGUGCUGGUCAAAGCGUGAAAUUGCUCUUGUAGACUGAACUGCAUUUGAUUCAUUACAGGAACUAAACCGCGACUUCUUCAAAAUGAUGUUACACUCGAUUCACAGUCGACAUAUCAAAGGUGUCUUUUUCCAUGCUUUUCUUAUUGGAGUUGUCACCUUGCUGGUUUGUCAAAAUAUUACAACAGCGGAUGAAGUGCCGGCAUUCUUUUUAAAAAUUGCGAAAAUUCCUACCCUGCCUCGAGUAGGUCGAAGCGGAAGAUUUGAAGAUUUCUUUUACAAAGCCGAAAAGCAUAUACCUCGAAUUGGUAGAAGCAAUCAACAGUCAACCAAUGCUUUAUCGUCGCAAGAUGAACAGGAAGCUUAUUCUGGUUUAACCAAAAGGCGUAUAGAUUAUCCCUCGAAAGUUGAGGAAUGGACCUGGCAGAAUUUUCCUCUAGCGAUUGAAGGUCCGAGAGAAUUGUGGCGGGCAUUAGCUGGAUAUUCAAGAGGUGGUAGCGAUGAAAUCGAAAAUGAAGUGUGGCAGAGAAAAAAAAGAACUGGUGCAACCACACAAGCAAAAUAGCACAUACGCAGAAUUUCUUCAUCGCUUUGGGAUUGAUUAAACAUUAUAAGAUUUUUGAUGUUAUGACGGUGACGGGAAAUAAUUAAAAAUAAUAAAUGCGUAAAUAUAAAGUAAUUUUGCUUUAAAUUUUUCUGCGAAUUUAAAGGCUUCAGUACAUAAUCAAUCUUCGAAGAUAAGUCUUAAUUAGUUUUCUGACAAUAACAUUCAAUGUAUUAGCAAAAUUUGACAAAUUGUAGAAAAGAUAAUAAUAGUUUCGAAAGCAGAUUCUUAAUAUUGUACAUUUCAUAAUUAAACAAUUUUACUAAUUGUUCCUAUUAAUGUUCAAAUAUUUAUCCAAAGACAAUAAAAUGUGAAAAAUUUCA